AUGUCAGUAUGUCUGUCUCAUAUAAAUGAAUAUUCAUUGACAUGUUGUUCAUCGAUUCAUGAUAUUCCAUCCGAGAUUAACGCUGCAACACAUUCGGCUGUGUCUGAUACUUGUCUACUUUUAGUAAAUAAUGGUGCUGAUCGACUUUUCCUAUUUGAUCUUUCUUUAUUGUCAUUUCAACGAAAUGAUAUUAGUUGGCCUAGUGAUACAUAUGGUCUUAUUCGAGAUAUCUGUUGGGCAAAAUAUAUAAAUUCAUUCUUAAUAUUAGGUGAAGAUGUUUUAUGUUCAUAUUCUCCGAUAUCGAAUCAAUUAAUAAUCUUGUUAAAUUCUCCUUCAUUCAAUGAUCGUUUUUGGUCAUUAGCUGUACUUGGUUGUGAUACAUAUAUUCUUUAUCGAUGUGAUACUCUCUAUCGAUAUUGUUUACCAUCAUGGGCAUUAACUCGUUCAUGGUCACGUACAGAUUUAAUUAAUACCGAGAAUAAAGACCAAUUUAUUGAACAAAUUCGAGCAAAUUCUUUUUCAGGUAUUAUUGCAUUACUCAUUCGAUUGAAAUAUAAUCGUCAAUGGCGUAUUGAUUUAUUUGAUCGAACAAUGCGAAAACUUUAUUCAGGAGAAUCUAUACGUAUGGGUUCAACUUAUCCAAUUAUUAUGCUUCAACCAUAUGGACAACAUGGUCAAUGGACUCUAAUGAAUGAAAAUUAUAUUUGGAUACUUAAUGCAAAAGCUCGUUUUAUUGAACGUUAUUUUCGACAAUUAAAAGAAAAAAUGAUUCAAUAA